AUUAUUUACUCUUUCUACUUUCUCUCGUUUGGUUCUAUUCGCAAUUCUUAUAGUUUUAAUGAUAGGAAAUUCUCUCGAAAAGAGCGAAAAAUAAUAGAAGGAUAUAAAAGGAUAAUUUAAAUUCAACUUUCAACAAUCGGAUAAUUAUUUCAGUGAUAUUUUCAACAGACAUUUAUAUGGAUACUAGACAAAAAAACCAAACUUACUAUUAUUAAUAUGACCUUAGAAUGCCCGGAAUAACGAUAAAUUUAUCCCUUUUAUCAAGAGGAGUCGGAACAAGAAGAAAGAAUGGUCAUGAAAGAAUUGAUGUUGAAUUAGAACCUCAGGAUUAUCAUAAUUAUCAUUCGGCAAGAUUAUAUUUACCACCGGUCUCUGAGGAUUCAAUUGCAACUUCAACGUCGAGAUCCGAAGUACCUUUACCUAAAACCUUUACCACUAGAAAGGGUGCCUUAAUACUCUUUUCGGAGGAUCUUGCCGAAAAGAAUAAAAAGAAAGAAGAUGAAAGCGCAUCUAUAGAAGAGAUUUUACACACAGUUGAAGAUCUAGGAAGAGCAAUCCUUAGCUACGGUGGAAAGGGUUCUCCAGUUAAUCUAAAGUUCACCAAUGCUGAUAAAUAUAAGAAACUUAGACCGGGCUAUUCGGCUAGAAGAUACCUUAGCCGAUUGACUAGAUCGUUUGAUGAUUCGUUCCUAGAGAGACUCACAGCGCAAGGAUUUGUUCAAGAGAAAACAAUCUAUCAGCCCAAUGCCGUUAAUCCAAGUCUUAGGACGAGAAUUAACGAUGAUCUUUCGGCCUUACCGCCUCCUUAUAGAAUACUCAGGCAGAUGCUUCUUGCACCCGGCUUACUUAGCGGUUUCUCAUUCGCCAAAACUGGAACAGAACUUGAAGAAAUUACCGAAGAAGAAGAUCCGGAUACUUUAACGCAGAAAUUCUCCACUUUAGCCAUUGUUGACAAGGAGCAGAAAAAAUCAAUAGCCUACGAACGUCUACCUCGAGGUAAAAAGGAGGACGUUCUUGCUGAUCUUUUAGUUAAAAGUGCCAUAAAUGACGCUCUCGAUAAACAGAUGAGAGUUCUUGAAGAACAGGCCCUAAGAGAAAAAGAGAUGUACGAUGAAAUGGAAAAAGAGGUAAUUAGCGAAGUUAAAGAGGAGGAUUUCGAUAAAGAAUCCAGCCCUGUAAAACAUCCUCCCUCUCGUGCCAAACCUGAUGGUGCUAGCAGUGCCAAAUCAAAUUACAGUCAAUUUGACAUGGGUGAAGCUGUUAUGAAUUAUCUUGAGUCUCAAUUGGAGGUACAAUCUGUAAAAUCAGCAACAGGAAGUAGUUCAUCAGGACCAAAAGGUUCUAAAGUAUCAAUGAAAUCCCCUCGCUUCAAAAAUACAGGAAAGAGUAGAAGUUUACCCGAUUCUGAUGGAGAGAGGGAAUAUUGCGGGGGAAUACCUGUAGCAUCCUUAAAGGAUUCAACUCCACAGAGUGGUGCUAGUUCCAGACGUUCCAGUGUUAGUGGCGUUAGCUUUGAGGAUCCAAUAGCCUACAGGAAAUUUGGUCAAUUAUCACCAAUCCGUUCCGUAGAUGAAACGGGUUUGCUAUCACGCGAGCAAACUUUUGCUAGUGCUGCUGCUUUACCACCAAUUAAAAAGCACAUAAUCGACCUAAGCUUACCUCUAGUCCAAGUAGAACCUCCAACCCCUCAAUCCAGCACUCUCACUCAGGCCAGUGUUAGACCAACCGCAGUUAGUAGAGAACCUACCUUAGAAGUUACCAGAGAAGCCGAAGAUGAAACGACAGACGAAGAAGAUAUCAAGGUUACUCCGUCCAGUUCACUACACACAGUUGAAUUAAAGGGACAAUUCGAAGAUCCUGGAUCGACCGUAUUGUCCAGUUCUUUUAGUUCUACCUUUCACAAACAUAAAACAGGGAAUCCUGCAGGAUGGAGAUUAAAAGAUACAGUUGAAUCCAAAUCGACACAAAAAAGAAAAAAGAAGAAAGGAGCAGAAGAAAAAUCAACAACUGGCAGCGUUAUUGUUGUUCCUGGUGGAGAGACUGUCAGUGUAGGAGGCACAAUAAGACCUGUCACUCCUACUAAAUUGAACGCGUCUACUACGGAUGACGAAAAAUGGACUCGCCCUUCAUCUCCCGCAUCACUUGUUUCAGGACAGCAAAUUAAGAGUUCAAUGGAAAGAGUCGAAUUAACUGAAAGAUCUGAUGAUUUAUCUCCUUCCGGAGCAAGUUUAUUAAGUGUAAAAUUACCUCAAGAUGAUGGAUCUGAACAAUUCGCUUUUUCACCUAAACCCAUGUCGGAGCAUGAACUUGUCAGUGCCCUUACUGAACACGCACAAAAAAUUGCGAGUACUAUUUUAAGUAGACCCGGAACAGGAAUGAAUUUGGAAGAAGAUGCUAAA